AUGGAUACCUUUGAAUUCCUGUGUUUUAAUUUCAAUGAUGGCGCUGGCCGCGCAUGCGUGCUGCUGCUGCUGCUGGCGGCCGGCACCCCGCGCCCGGUUGUUGCUGAACUAAGUCGUACGUUCAAUAAGUGUUCUUCUCCCAACGUGCAACAGCGAUACACGGUCGACUGCGGGAGUUACGAGCUACAUCCGGGACACAUCCUCAACAUCAAGGGGUCAUCUAAGCCCUGUGCUUGGACCUUCACGGGACCAGAAGGGAGCAAAGUCGAAGCCGCGUGUUCGGACGUGUCCAUCCCGAAGACGCGGAGAUGCAACACCGCAGCGCUCAUGGUCUCCACGCGAGGUCGAACACGGCCAGGAUGUGCGGUCGGAGUCCUUCCUGAAGAUCAGAAGACAGCGCCAGCCCUCACCAUCUCGAGCGCCCCGGAGGAGGAAGUCCAAGAAAUGUCUUCUCCUGUGGACGUCUUCCUUAGACCUCAGUAG